AUGAGCGAAAGGCUGCUCGUUUCGACGGCGCUUGAUGCUAGGGAUGAAAUCGAAGAUUACUGGUUGAAGCACAGAGACUCUGUUCUCCAGCAAGUUAAGCUCCCGAAUCCAGACUUGAUCGAUAGUGAUACUUCGCGGCUACUUAUUCAGGCUUGUCAACAGAACAACCCAGACGAGCUGCUGGUCGGUGCGUGCUGCGUGUUCAUUCUCAGCAAAGACGAGCGCGUUUCGCAGCUGUGGCUGAAUGCGCUCUGCAACGCGUCACGUGACUCGCUACAAACGACGAUCGGGCGCGUCGUCGACUUGAUCUCCAGAAAAUAUCCGAAAUUUACAGAUCACGUGCAAGUGAAAAUAGUGCGGCUUCUGGCCAAUCUCGCCGAAAAAGGAUUCGGUGCGCAUGCGAUUGUCAACAUUCUCCUGCGACAGAUAACUGGGGGCAGUCUUUCAAACGAGAACUUGAGACUCACAGAGACGAUGCUGGACGUGUUGAUCGGAAACCGCAAUUGGCUCGAGCGCAACACGGAAUGUUUUCAAUUCGCUACCUUCCGCUACCUCCGUCUUAUCCAGGACCACUACGGCAACCCGGCCUGCGAGCGUCUUUUGCAUAAAGAGAUCAAUUUCGUCAUUCAUAACCUCCGCAACAAGUUUUCGGACAUUCUGCCCAUCGGAAAGGACCUUGUUCGCUUACUGAUGGCAGUCUGCGGAAUCGACGUCUUCCGCGAGUUCUGGACGGCGCUGCUCAAUAAUCCCCAGUCGCUGCAGCCCAAGUUCACCGGGCUCCAGGAACUGCUCAAGAUCCGCACGCCGACGAAAUUCGUCAAGCUCAACGUCACAGUCGAGCUCCACAACAAGAUUUCGUUUAUGCUGGCGAAGGUGAAGUUCGGCCAGCACCACCACUACGAAAAGUGGCUCGUCAACAAGUACCUCUCCUCGAUGACGUCACAGACGCUGAUCCCUGAUAUAAUGCGCUUCAUCGUCGCUUGCAUCAUUCCCACUAACGAAAUUCUCGCAUCCGAUGUUCUGCCUCGCUGGGCCUUCUGCGGCUUCAUGCUCAGCCAGUGCAGUAAUCUGCAGGCGACGUCCUCCGCCAGGUUGAGCCUCAUUUGGGACUGGCUGCUCUUCAACGAGAACAGGAACACAAUCAUGGACAUCGAGCCAGGGCUGCUCUUGAUGCAGCAAUCAAGGAAGACUCACCCCCAGACGACGUAUGGGCUUCUUGAUUUCCUCCUGCGCCUUGUCAAAGAGUUCUACCCGCCGAUGGAGGACGAAAUAAAACGAGGAAUUAUAAAUAGCUUUCGCUGCUGCAUUAAAGUCGGAGUCGCAAAGUCAAUCGAGCCGAUUUUGAUAGAGACGCAGCGUUACGCUGCCAUUACACCCUGCCUUCACAGCAUGAUUCAGCAGAACUUGCAAGAGUUUAUCCGCCCGGAGCACCGAGUAAAGAUAGACGCGCCGGGGAAGAAAGCGCCGCGCAGAGCAGACCCUGUCGAUGGUCGCUUCUCGGACGAAGACGAAGACUCAAACGACGCGUCAGACAUAAAUGCGCUGAAACGCGAUACAAUGAGCUGCGCAGUUGAGCUAGACGAGAGGAUAGAGAAAAUCAAGUUGAUCGACAUGGACAUGGCGGAAGCGAUGGAAAACCUAAUCAAGUUCAAAUCCGAGGAAGACGAGUUUGCUCACCAUCUCGAUAUUGUCCUCUCGAAAGUGAGCGCGUUCGAUAAUGGGCCCUUCGACAGCGACAUUUGCGACCCUGUGGCGACUUGUAUCUACAGCCUUUGUUACGGAUCGUACGAGCCGAUCCGUAUUCCGAGCGAGAAAGCAGACGAUGACGAGUUCGACGAGUUGCUAGGUCGCCCAUUGUACAUUUUAUUUCGUCAAAUUCUGGAGCGCAUAGACAGAGGAGAAGAACUGGAAAAUCUGAUGGACUUGCUGGUAAGUCUGCAGAACAACGACGGACGAACUGUGCAUCACUUUCUGUUCUACAUUUACGGCCACAACUUGCAGCACAAAAGCGACGGCUGGAGCCUUUUCCCCACUUUCUGCAAGAGAAUUACCGAAACUGAGCAAAUUGAAGCGCUGGAAAUACAGCUGCCACUCUCCAUCGCCUCUCUGCUGGAGCACGAGCGGGAGUUACUUUUUCGGCUUCUUCCAAAGAUGUACAAAGAGCAUGCCAAGCUGCUGAUCAAUCAUCACGAAGUGACGCGUAUAAUUCUGUCUGAGAUUACGCCAAAAGACCUUCAGUUUCUACAGACUCGACUGAUGGUCGGCGAGUUGACCAUGUUCAAGACGAAUACUCCGGCGAAUCAGAACGACUUUAAGAAUCUGCUGAUCGAUUCUCUCAACUGGGAGUCUUUUGAGCAGCAGGCCCUCUGGGUUCUGGUCUUUGCGCACAAAAAUGUCAAACCUGAGUCCUGGGGCGUAGUCGUUCCCUAUUUGAGCGAAGAAAUUCAUUUCGAGGCAGUUACCGCGAUUUCGAACUACUUCUACGGGCGGGACGAGUACAAGCCCUCCCAAGAGCUCUCCCGGCUGUUUCUUUGCGCGAAGGAAUCCAGAUGGAUCGCCGCGUUGAUGAUGUUGUUUUGCGACAGCGAGGAGAAGCGCAAGAACUUUUACGAGCAAAUAGGCACAACUCUUAUGCUCAGUCUCAAGAAAACUCCGUCAAGCUCGCAAGCUGGGGGAAGGAGAAAGCGUCAAUUCGACGGAGGCAGCAAAAAAGAGGAGCCAUCCUUCGUGGGCAUCUUGAAACACCUCAAUCUUUUCCGAAUGACAGUCGAGAACAGAGCAAACACGGGUGAUAAACGAAUGCGAAAAGCAGCUAAUGAUCCUAAAACGAUUCUCGGCGACGACACUUUUCUGUCAGUGCUAAUGGCGGCGAAGGACAACUCGUCGGCGAUUCCCGAUGACGAGUCAGAGGACUUUUCCGACUUGUGGAAAAUCAUUGAAGAAAUGGAAGUUUUCAAUGACGAUUCCCCGAAGCAGAGAAAAGAAGCGGGGAAGAAGCAAAGCAAAAAACACAAAAGAACACCUAUCGAAAUAAGCGACGACUCUGAGAGCGAUUCUGAAACUCCGCCCAAGAAAAAGCGAACGUGA